CAAAAAUUGCUAUCACUGCAAAUCAAAUGGUUUUGCAUUUUUGCUACUCCCCUAUUUCAGUUUUAUAUGGAGGGAGAUUCAGUUAAUUCGUUGAGAUACAGAUUCGGCAAAAUGAAAAACGAUAAACCCCAAAUUGCAGUUUCCAAAAUCAACCUGCAUUUUUUCUUCUCUCCUGAUUCGAUACAACUCUCCAAGAUUCUCGCAAUCGCAGUAUGGAUCCAUUUAAUGCUGCGCUAACCCAAAUUGAAGGUCCCGACACUGAUGGCUCGCCCUCCGUGCUCACUGAUGCGCCGCCCAAGAAGGGGUAGAACCAUUCCCCAAGCCCUCUCCCCGACGGCUGGUGGCAUCCCUCUUCCUCAAUCUCCUGAAAUUAUCGCAAUUCAAGGAACCAACUUAACACCCUAUGUCCUUAAGGUUGAAAUCAGAGAGGACAUAAUUUCAAAGAUAAAAGCUUUUGCAAAAGAAGAAUCAUGGAAAGAAGAGCCAUUGGUCAUUUUGUCUGCUACUGGUUCUAUCUCUAGUGUUAGCCGUAUCGUUCCUAAGGGACGGUAUGACAUACUACGUCUUUAAAAGGUAUCCUCACAGUAUCGAAGAGCAGGGUUUGUCAAACUGAGGGGCUGAUGGUGUCAUUGGCAGAGGCGGAGGGCAGCGGAGGUGGAGGAUCCUCAUCUGAUCCACCUCCUUCUGAAUUAAGAGCUCCCUCUAAAGGGGGCAGUGGAAGCAGAGGCGGAGGCUCCUCGGCUAAUAUACCUCCUUCUGAUUUUGGAGGGGGAAGCGGAAGUGGAGGCAUAGGCGUAGGCAGAGGCUCCCUCUCUAAUCCCACCUUCAAGAGAUUCUGGUGAUUUUCACCCUUCACAGUUCAUGAUUCAACCCUCCUCAACUAAUCCACCUCCCAAUAUUGGAGCUACCUCUGCAGGGGUGAAGGCUCCUCAUCUAAACAACCUUUCAGUGAAGCUCCCUCUUCAGAUGGUUCAAGUGAUUGUGGUGAUGAAUGAUGAUACCCCUGUGCCAUUGACUCCAUCAAAUGUAAGCAAAACUCUAACAUACACAUCUUUUCUGUACUUGUUUUCCAAUGUAAGCAAAUCAUCCAUCACCAUAUACUUAUUAGCUUUUUCUUUUUAGUUGUUUUGAUUGUACCAAAAUGCUUUACUUUUCUCAUUGGGAUAUAUCAUGAUGUCCCAAUACUUACCAA